ACAUCUCCAAUUAAAGGUUAGCAAGAACAAGAAGUUAAGAACAACAAAUCAUCUGUACUUGUAAACAAACUAUAGUGAAAAAUUGCAAAAUGUUGACUUCCAUGGUAAAAGAGCACCAAGUGAAACAGGCCAAGCGCAAACAGGAACAAGAAAUACGACGCAAAGACGUCAUUGAAUCAUCAAACGAACUUACUCAGGCUAUAGUGGACCACUUAAAUGUUGGUGUGGCACAAGCGUAUUUAAAUCAAAAACGCUUAGAUGCCGAGGCGAAGCAGCUACAUGUAGGCGCCACCAACUUUGCCAAACAGACGCAGCAGUGGCUCCAAUUGAUCGAUAACUUUAGCAGCGCAUUAAAGGAAUUGGGUGACGUGGAGAACUGGGCGCGCAGUAUAGAAAGCGAUAUGCAAGUUAUACAAAGUACGUUGGAAAUAGCAUAUAAAACUUCACGCCAAACGCAACAACACAAUGCCAGUAAUUAGCUGCAUUAAAAUACGUAUUUAAAUACAAUUCUUUAUUGGAUUAAUGCAAAA